AUGGGCAGGUGUCUCAAAAACCAAGCUAUUUUGCAAAAUUCACUAUGUAUUCUCCCGUGGCAACAAUUCAACUUUGGUCUGGAGGCUUUUACCGGUUCCAUCAUUGCUCUGGCUACCAAUCGGUACGAUUACGACGCCGCUAGCCAUCAUACCACGUCAAUCAGUUUUGAACGGAUCGGCCUUCUUACGGGCUUGAACCAAGCUUUCCAAUGCUUUGGAUCGAUUAUCAUUGCUCCCCUGGCUCGCCGGUUCGCUACCAAGAAUGUGUUGACGACUGCCAGUUGCGUUUUCAGACUAUUUUCUGCCAUUCUACUCAUCGUCGAUGGGAGCACUGGUGGUCACAUUAAACCAUCAAACUGGUCACAGACUCAUGAUAAAGACGAUUUCUCCUAUUAUGGUGACUACAAUACAGACGGCAUUAUUCCAAUAUACUGCUUUGCAGGCAUCGGCUAUGGAAUGGUGGAACUGAUCCGAAGGAUCAUCCCCCGGGAUAUUGUGGGUGGAAACGUGGAGAAGCUACGUUGUAUGGAUGCAUUAGUCCAUAUGUUCUACGAGGUCUCAGGCACGGCCGGUUCACUAUGUACCGCAUUGGCCUUGAUACCAGGAUUGGGAAACAACUUCUCCUUUAUUGUCACACCUAUUUUGUUCGCGUGCGCUUCUUGCGUAUGGUUCACUAUCUCUGGAUUACCCAAUCCACUUGAGAAGGAAGCAGUCUCGGUCGCGAAGUUGAACUACUUCAAGGCAGUCACCAGUGGCAUUUUCCUCUUUCUUGACUCUGUCUGGACUGGAGCUAAGAUCAUCUUUUCCUCGCGCAGGUUCAUCUGGCUUCUCCCAGGAUAUACUUUUGCCCUCUACGGUCAUCGCUAUUUCGAGAGCAGCCUGGCACCUAUCAUUGCAAGGCGAUACUUAGGCAACUCGGCUUGGUAUCAAAUUAUGGUUGCGGGUUCGAAUCUUGGGGAGCUAUUCGGGGCUGGAUUUGUUUUCCUCUUUACCAAUGUGGUUAAGACGCCAAUUCCAUGGUUACGUCUCGACGCCCUCUUGUUACUAAUUCUCUGGUAUCUUCCAUAUUGGUACCCGCCACAAGGUCAGUCGAAAUAUGCUUGGGUGGUAUUCGGCACGUUCAUACCGGUCUCCUUUGGAUGGGCAGCUGGUGAUGUUUCCCUUUCAGCCUACAUUCAAGCGUCACUGGCCCGGAUCGAGUCCGACACUAGAAACGUGUCCGCGCUUGGCGCCGUAAUGGCAUUCUUAUAUUCAACAUACAUCGUUAUCUACGCCAUCACAUCGCCGCUCCUGGGCCGUUACGUAGACAAGGUCUACCAGGAAUCCGGCGGAGCCCAGGGGGGAGACGUCCAUCGCGCUAUACAAAAUAUCGGCGGCGUGCAGUACACAAUCAUUGCUGCCUUCAUGCUUGCCGCUUCCUUUGUCCCGGUCGGGGCUUUCUCUCUCAACCCAGGCAUGCUCGAUGGGGAUUCUAUGGCAAACGAGGUGGAAAUGGGCCAAGCGACAAAAGAGAUCACUGUUGUAAACAGUGAUCAGUCAAAAAUGGAGCAAGGUUUGACACAUGACCAUGUUUUGGAAGUCGAUGAAAAGUGCUAG